GAUGGAAGGAAGGGAAUAAUAAUAUGCUAGAUAUAUAUGUAUAUCUAGCUAGUUUUAAUUGAAAAAAAGAUAAGAGAAGGAAAGUGAGAGAGUUGAGAAUAUGGAUGAUGAGGCAAUGAAGGAGCUUGUGCGAGGGCAUGAGUUAGCUAAGCAGCUUGGACAACAUCUUAGUAAUGAUGAAUUAUUUGCACAACAUCUUGUCAACAAUGUUAUCAAUUCAUUUACCAACACCCUCUUCCUUUUGAACAAUAAACAUCAUCAAAGGGAACAAAACUUUUCCUUAACCAUUAAAUCUGAAGAGGACUCUCAAGAUAGUUGCAAGACUAAUUCCACCCCUGGUGCUAGAGGAUCUCACAAAAGAAGAAAAACUAGAGAAACGUGUGAGGAAGUGUCAGAAAGACCAACAGAUGAUGGGCAUGAAUGGAGAAAGUAUGGUCAAAAAACAAUCCUUAAUUCCAAAUACUCAAGGGACUACUACAGGUGUACUCACAAGAUAGAUCAAAGAUGCAAAGCAACCAAACAGGUGCAGAGAAUUCAAGAGAAGCCUCCCUUGUAUAAGACCACCUAUUACGACCACCACACUUGUAACAAAGACAAUAUCAUCAUAUUUGAACCCACUUCUCCUCAUGAUCACAUAUUGCUUAGCUUUAACAACACAUUCCCAACUCCAACCCAACAAGAUUGUCCCUUUUUAUCAUCGUCGACAUCAUCAUCAUCUUUUAAUUCCUCACAUUCAGUCUCAGUGGAUGAAUACCUGCUCUCUCCUCAACCAAUAUUAGAUAACUCUAUUUCUACAAGGCAUGUUCUUAGUACUAUAUCAUCAUCAACUACACUAGAAUCUGAUGAUCACAAGGAUAUGAUGAUAAUGUAUGGUCUCUUGUAUGAUUCUGUUGAACUUGAUACUGAUUUCCUUCACCCUUUUCAUGGGUUUCAAUUAUAGUAGAUAAUCGAGCUCAAUGUUUUGGUUCUUUCGUGGAAGCAAUAUGUCUUGCAGCUUGGUUAUCAUAAUAUGGUAAUGUUGGUUUGAUAGAUUGAACUUUAAGAACAUCGAGAAUGUAGGUUAGCCAUUCAAUCUCACAGACUAUUGAUGACAUGGCUCUAUAUAUCCAGAGUGUGUUUGCUAAUGCCUGCUGGCCAAUUCCAGCCCCAGUAAAUAUUUUCAUUUGCUACUAAGCGAGCUUUAUA